GUUAAUGCAAAUCUUGCUUUAUUGUCAAGCAUGUCGCCUGCCAGUGCCUACAAAACAAAUCACUUCUGUUUUUUGAACGUGGAGAAAAGUUAACCGGCGAUCGAAUAAUUUAAAAAAGAAAAUUGGAAAAAAAACGAAUAUCAAAUUGUACCAGUGUACAUAGAGGAACAAUAAUCACGGUCUUAGAUAUUCAUAAAAAGGACAGUGGUGCGAUUAUCACUAAAAGGUUCCUGUUGACACACUGAUUUCAUUCAAGGAGUCUAAGAAUAUUGCAUUAUAUUGUGCGAUCAGAGCUACAGUCACGCUGUAUUUGGACUGUUCAUAAGAAUAAGGAACUGUCGACAUACUGCGUUCAGACUGUGCCCAUAAAACAAUUGUUAAACUGCAUAUUUGGUUUGUGCACAUAAAAUCGUCGUCGCAUUGCAUUCAGAAUGUGCCCAUGAAACAAUCGUCAUGCUAUAUUAAGACUGCCAUGUAUCUGAACAAUUGUUGGAGGACACAUUUAGAUAUAUGACAUAAAAAGGAAUUCCAAAUUCUGUCGUUGCAUUAACACAUGGAAGAUUACAGAUGAACUAGAUGAAAAUGUCUUCCCAUUCUAGUUGGGCACUUCAAAUGAAUCCUGGAUGUGCAUCACUGCGUAUAUAGAGACUUUUAUUAUAGAGACUUUUACAAUAUAUCUCAGCAGAUCGGAAGAGUCCAUGCGUCGAAUUACAAAAGGUUUUUAAUGCAACAUAAACAUGCAUUAUUGUGUCUAUAUUAACAAAAAGUAUCCAAAAUGGACGAUGAUUGAGUCAGUUUUAAUUGUCUAGACGUAUUAAUUCUUUCUAUUGGGAUAUCAUCAUCAUAUCUCCAUGGUGACUAAAAAUGAUGAACUUGAAUCGUAAAGGUAUGAUACCUUUAAACUGGUAAUAGCUCUUCAUUUACAAGAGCAUCAUAAAAAGCAUUUUCCUUAUCUCUCGUAUUUAAGUAUGUAGUAUACGUUUGUUCUUUUUAAUUUCCUGUCGCAAUCAUGGAUAUAACUGUAUCUUUUACUGCUACGACGAUAUUUCAAAGUGAGGGAAAUUCCGAGAAUCCCGUGGAACGUUUCAAUGUGUCUUUCGAAGAUAUCAUAGAAAAUGGAGUAGAAAUUGAGAUGAGGACGUUGAAACCUAUGAUGCCUUUACUAGGACGCGUGGCCAUUGGGAUGGAGAUGUACUUUAAACCUAUUGUAACAUUGCUAGGUAUAGGUUUGAAUGGUUUAGUGGUUUUCCUACUAAGAACUCCUGAACUUAAAGCAAUUUCGAUAUCCUCAUAUUAUAUAGCAGUUGGGGUAUCAGAUAUGAUUUUCUUGGGUACCUCGUUUGUGAUGUGGACCCGCAAAGUUGGAUUUAAUGCUUUACUGUUCAAUGGAUUGUGUCAGAUAUUAAUGUACUUGACUUAUAUGAGUUAUUUUAUCUCGACGUGGUUGCUGUUGAGUCCCGUCAUUCAAAGGGUUGUGAUCCUCUGUAACACCGAUUUGGAAGUGAAGAAAGCAAGCGUGGUGAUUGGGUUCGUCACAAGUCUUGCUAUCCUCUUCUAUUCUUACAUUCUCUGGACGUUUGGGGUCUACGAUGCCCAUAUGGGCUUAGUCUGUGCCCCGAGGGAACAAUACAGAGACCUUACAGAGACUUUAUUCAAAAUAGACACUAUCGCUAACGCCUUAAUCCCCGUCGUGUUGACUUUAUUCUUUUUGGCUGUAUUCAUUUCCGCAAUGAUUUGGAGAAAGUACAAGCAGCGCAAAUGCGUUAGGAAGACCCCAGUAAGGUUAGAAGAUUAUGGAUUUUCUAACGACAGCGGGACACGUGAAUGUAUGGAGACGUUGAUAUUCAUAUUGCUCGUGACGACAACAUCAUACAUAAUGACAUUACCGGCAGCCAUUGAAAGACUGAAAUUCUUUUUCUAUGGCCCUGCUGGUCGAAGCACUAUCACUAUCAAUGACAUAUGGAGAAAUGAAAUCUUCCUCAAUGUACAGUUGACAAGUUUCAGCACAAAACUGGGUGCGUGCAUGUAUUUCAGGCGGUUUAGACGGGUCUUGUGCAGAUAUCUCAAAAGGUGCUUCAAAAGAAAGGACGACGAUAUGGAAACGGGGUCCAUAGAAGAACUUGCUCAUAUGACAAUUCCAAACUUGCCCACUCCAACCUAAAUUGGUAUCUUAAGAAUUCGUUCUUAUAAUUGCUCUGAGUUAAUAAGAAUAUCGUGUUUGAUUAUUCUGUGAAGUUUUCUGUCAUGUAAGCAAAUCUUUUAAUAUUUUUCAGCAUUCCAGUUAUUUAUGUAUUGUAUAUGAUGCACGUAGUUACGUCAUCGUAGGUUGAGUAGGUGUAACGUAUUGUUUAUUCAUUUCCUUGAACUCUUAUGGCUGUCUUUAUUGAUCAUUUAUCAAUGGUUUAUCUCUAGUGAAUAUCAUCUGGCAGUUGACCAGUGAUCAUGAAGUAGAUUUCCUUUUUACAUUUCAUAAAUACAAAAAUACUAUUUGUAUCGUGUGUAGAAAUAUGUUAUUAAAAUUAUCAUAAAUGUGAA